CCUAGUUGGCAGGACGUGGUCACCACUGUUGAUUUCAUUUCAUGGUCUCUGAACUCACAUCAGGAACGUUAGCCGACAAUUUAAACGGAACGGUCAAAUGUGGAUCUCGGCGCUCUUUGCGCGCGAAUGAACCAGUGAGAAACCCAUACAGCGUUACACCACACAACAUUAUGGAGUGUUGAGUCGCCUUUUGAUUUUAUGUCCAUUUCCCUAUCAGAGAAGAUGGAGCAGCACGUGACCUGGAAUGCUCUGUGACAUCUCCUUGAUAAGAACAUUCCAACUGGGCUUUUCUACUUUUUAUAUAGCUGUUGGAGUUCUAUAUUUCCUAGACAAACACAUUCCGACAAGAUCUCAUUGAGGCUCUCCAACCAAGACGGCCUUGGCUAAAGACUUGUUUAAACCAACCAGUCUGCGGAUUUUCUCAGUAAAGCAAGUACGCAAGCAAGGUGUCAAGCAGACAGUUGAAAAGCACAGCAAUGGAGACAUUGUCCCAAGACUCUAUCCUGGAGUGUCAGAUCUGCUUCAACUACUACAGCCCGCGGCGGCGGCCCAAGCUGCUGGACUGCCACCACACAUGCUGCUCGGUGUGCCUGACUCAGAUGCGGGGCGGCCAGCGCGAGGUGCGCUGCCCGUGGUGCCGCCGCAUCACCAAGCUGCCCGCCGGCCUGUCCGUCUCCCAGCUGCCCGACGACCCAGACCUGGUGGCGGUGGUGGCCAUCCCGCACGCCUCCGAGCACACGCCUGUCUUCAUCCGCCUGCCCAGCAAUGGCUGCUACAUGCUGCCCCUGCCCAUGGCCAAGGAGCGGGCCCUGCUGCCGGGGGAACUGGGCUGUCGGCUGCUGCCGGGCGGGGCGGCAGGCCUGGGGCCCGGGGGCAAGGGCAGCGGCGUGGCAUUGGUGGCCAUGCCUGAACAGGAGCCCCUGGGCCUGGGCAGUCUGGAGGGCCUGGAGGUGGAGGAGGAGCGGAGAGGAGGAGCGGUGGGGGGAGGCGGUGUGGGUGGGAAGGGCUCCACGUGGUCGGGAGUGUGCACGGUCAUUCUGGUGGCCUGCGUGCUGCUCUUCUUACUGGGCAUCGUGCUCCACAACAUGUCCUGCAUCUCCAAGCGCUUCACCGUCAUCUCCUGUGGAUGAACUCACACACAGGCCCCUGUGUGUUUUGAGAUCCAUACACUUAACCAUACACUUACCCUUACACACACGUACACACACACACACACACACACACACACACACACACACACACACACACACACACACACACACACACACACACACACACACACGCACACACACACAAGCACACACUCCUAACAUCCUCCCAUGGUGAGGACUGUGUUUGAAAAGACAAAACAAAAUAAGAAUUGAUCUCAGCAUAUGUGUUGCAGCUGAGAGGAAAGUGGAUGUGAAUGUUAAAAAAUGGCUUCAUGGAUUGUAUGGAUGUUACACUUUUGUUUUGAAUUUUUUGGGACUGUGGAGAUAUGCAGUUCAUACAAUGCAACGGAAUUACUCUUGCAUACAAACAAACAAACACCCAAAUUCACAAACACAAACACAGCUACAUCCCUGUCAUUGGAUACUCAAGGUGUCUCAGAGCUGAUUAAUUUGCCUCGGGCACUGGAUAAAAAAACAUCAGGGUCUGUCCUGCCCAGAGCAGCCCUAAUACAGGCAGGACACUCUGUCUAUAUGCGUUCAGUAGGUGUUGGCCAGUAGAAGCAUUUACUUUCAUGUUUAUUACUUACUGUUUGGUUUUUCCUAUGUAAGUAAAAGAGUACACAACUGCACAAUGUGAGACAUAAUAUAAUCCAGUAGCUAGACCUUGGCCUGGCUUGUGUAGUUUAACAACAACAACACAUUGCGUCCUGUGUUAACAUGUAGACAUGCUCGCAAUGUAGUUCAGUAUUUGUGAAUGGGCUCUGUGUUUUAUUUCAUUUGAUCACCAAGAAAAUAAGGUGUGUGGACAACGCUUUUGGUCAUAACAGCAUAUGCAGUGAUCACUCAAUCUUGGUGUUGUCAAAAGCAAACUAAACAGAACAGGGAGAUAUAUGUUAAUAUAAAACUAUUAUACCAGCAGCGUGUAACUUAAAGCACAGAACCACCAUGCCAGUGGUAGAAGACUGGAUAGUAAUAACAACAAUAAUGUGUUCUGUAGUCCCUGGAGAAGAGUCCCUAGAGAAACUGCUGUAUGUCUCUUUGUUCUUUAAAUGUCCUCUUGUCCACCCAAGAAAACACAAUGCAGGUACUGCUUUUAAAAGGGAAGAGGUUAGUGUUUGAUCUUGCCUAUGGCACACACACACACACACACACACACACACACACACACACACACACACACUCUGCAUUCAUUGAUCUGAUGCUGAGUGCAGGCUUUGAGUCAUGUAAGAGAGUGAUGGAGCAGUGAUCAUAGUUUGUGUGUGUAUAAGUUAUAGUUAAGCUACACAGUAAUCUCAUUGAUUUAUAUACUAUGGUUGUCUGUAGAGACCUUUGACUUAUCCCAUGUGUGCCAAAUGACUUGUUCCUCUUGGCUCUCUCUCUUUUCUCUUUUCAUUUUAGAGUGUAUACACAAACAAACAGGGUGAAGCAUUUUGUAUAGACAACAUGUAAGGCAAAAAAGCAAUGAUUGUGUUUCACUGUCUGCAGUUAUAUGUGUUUUUGUAUGACAGAGGAAGCAGCCUUUUGUCUACAGACUGGGAGGAGUGUCAGCAGGUCAUGUGGUGAUGUUUUUUUUUCUCCCUGGUCCAAGAUUCAAAGGAAACUGGCAAAAAAAAUGUUCAUAUUAGUUGUCUGCUUGUGAGACAUACAACAUGUCUGACAAACGAUUACACCAUCUGUAGAACUUGAAACUGUGGCUUUCAGUUGAUAAAAAGGGGAAACAAUGAAACUGAUGUGUUCCAGUUGGAGCGGCUGGCCCUGAAACGCCCAGCAUGUUGGCCAGAGUUGUCCAUCUGUGUAGAGAAAUGAAACCUAAUAGGAUGGACAAGCCACAGUGUGGUUAACGCAGCUAACUUAUUGUUCAACUUUUUCAACAUAUACUACAGCCCAGCAUGUUAAUGUGAGGUAGAAGGUAUAUCUGCUAGGGCAAAUAGGCGAGAAGUAGAUCAAAUGAUCAAUAAGGUGGCAGGGAGAAUAGAGAGAUUUAGAUAGCAUGGGAGCCCUGGAUUUGUAGACUGAUGUGAAAUAAUCUGAUCAUACACUCACUGAUAUCCCAUAUCUCCAGCCUGGUCAGUUUGUGAUGGCCCUUCAGAGAUGGUAGCCAUCAACAAACUGGUGCAUCUUGCUCCUUUUGUGGCAAUAUCAAAAUUGACUGUUAAGUAAUCAUUGUGUGUGUGUGUGUGUGUGUGUGUGUUUUCCAGGAAUACAUUUAACAUAUUCAGUCAUUCCAGCAGAAAUUAGCCAAUGUUUGUCUUUUUACAAUGUCAGUGGAUGGAAUGUAUUCUGCUGAAAUCAAACUUGCUCUCUCAGAAAUAUGAUUUACUUUCAUCUCUGUCUAUGGGCUUUGGCACAUUUGAUUGGCUCAUGUAGGUUAUUUCUUGAGAAGAUUCAAAGUGAGAACAUCUAAAAAGCCAAUAAGACACCUUUGCGACUAAUUGAUGACCCUGUAGUUUCUUUGACAAUUUACUUUAUGUAAUUAAAAAUGAAGUGUCUAAUUGACAUAUGCAAGUAACAGGUGCCUGAGAAAUUAGUUCAUUUUGGAAGCAGUUGCCUCAUUUACCCCCAUACAUGUACCUUCCUUUUCUUAACACCAACAUACAAAACUACUGUAAAGAGUCAGUACUGGUUUGUCUAGACUCUGGUUAACACAAUAUACUACCUGUGUGUGUUUACUUGAGAGAGAAAGGCAAUUUAAUGAUGUGUGUGUGUGUGAGAGAGAGAGAGAGUGUGUGUGUGCGCGUUAUGUUGUACAGUACCUCUGUUGUGAUGUUUGUUCAUGUCCCAAGGUUUACUAUUAAAUAAUACUUUGAAUCAA